UGGCAGAUAUGUACUCGAAGUGUGGGACGAUGGACAAUGCUCGUGAGGUGUUUGACAGGAGUCCAAAGAAGAGCUCGGUGCUAUACAACACGCUGAUACUUGGAUAUGCACAGAACGGUCAAGGCCUGCACCGUUCUUGCUGACAAAGAAGCUGAAGGCAUUCUCGGUGGCAAGGUCAGGAAAGUGGCUUCGCUCGAGAUUGGGAUGGCUAUCCACGUACAGGCUUGGAGAAGCAGGCUUGAGCUGGACCUUUGCGUCGCAAGCUCUCUAGUCGACAUGUACUGCAAGUGCCGGAGCCUGGGCGAUGCGAGAAGGGUGUUUGACAGGAUGAAGAUCCACGACACUGUGUCGUGGAAUUCGCUCAUUCUCGGGUAUGCACAGAAUGGAGACGGUAAGACGGCGCUGAAACUAUUCGAGACGAUGCUCGCGGAAGGCUGCGUGCCCGUUCGCUCGAGCUUCCUAGCGGCACUCGAAGCAUGCAGUGCUUUCUCCGAGGAAGAAGAGUGCCAGUUCGUCAAUGGAAAGGUGGCGAAGGUGGUCUCUCUGGAAACGGCUAUGGCUAUACACUCUCGAGUAGACGCCGAGGCAGCAAAACAUGGCGUGGAUAUCAUGGUGGCCAACACGCUGAUCGACGUCUAUGCGAAGUGUGGCAGCAUGACUGACGCUCAAAGAGUCUUCGACGGUAUGAAGCACCACAAUCUGGUCUCUUGGACAGUUCUAAUGUUUGGUUAUGCGCAGAACGACAGGGCCAAGAUGGUCUUGGAGGUCUUCUCGCAAAUGCGGUACUUCGAAGAAUGGAUUCCAAGCUCCCAGGCUUUCGUAGCAGUGAUCCAGGCAGCAGCAGACAUGGCAGCCUUGGCAGCUGGAAAAAGAAUCCACGGUGACGUUUGUAGGCUGGGACUGGAGCUGGAAGCUCACAUACAAAGCAGCCUGGUGGAUCUCUACGGGAAGUGUGGCAGCACAGUCGGCUCUCAGGUGGUUUUCGACUCGGCUUCGUCGAGAGGGAUCGAGAUGUGGAGUGCAGUCAUGGCAGGACACAGCCGGCAGGGAGAUCAUUCAAGAGUUUUCGAGCUCUUCGAGGGGAUGGUCCGAGCAGGAGUUCGUCCAAACGCCAUCACUUUCCUGUCACUGCAAAUCACUUGCAGCCGGGCCGGGCUGGUGGACAAGGCCUGGGAGAUUUUCUCGGAGAUGCAGAGCUCAAAGUUUGGGAUCCGGCCAGGGAUUGAGCACUACCACUGCUUGAUCGAUUUGCUGGGGCGCGCCAACCAGAUCGACAAGGCGGUGGAGGUGGUGGAGAGCAUGCCGGUGAAGGCCACGGCGGUGACUUGGAUGACAGUGCUGGGUGCAUGCCAGAAGUGGAAGAACUCGGAGAUUGGAAAGAGGGCGUUUGAUGCAGUGGUGAGGCUGGAUCGCGAGAAAGAGCAUCACGCGGCAGCCUACGUUCUCUUGGCUGAGAUCUUCGAAGCAAACUAAGAAGAAUCAUUCGAUUAUUAUCAAAAGAAGAGUGGAUCGAAACCUCAAGAAAUUUAGUAGUGGUUUAACAAUUCAUGACCCUCUAUAUUAAAUGCUGCUACAGUUAUGUUUUAUGUUUAUACUUUCACCAAGUUUUUUUUCAGGUGUGUUUUUAUAAAUAAAGCAGUGAUUUUGGA